GUGGCGCACAGACAGGCGGCAGCCCUCAGAAAGUGGGAAGUUUUCGCCAUUCUGUCUAAAAAUUAAUCACCUUCAUGUCGACUCUGUUGGAUACUAACCCGCCGAUGCUAUGGUUACCUUUAUUACGAUCUUACAGGUGAAUCUAGUGAUGUCAAUCCUGCUGUAUGUGAUGGUCCUCGUGUACCUCUAUGGUAUCCAGGCAACCAACAUGGAUAGCAGUCGCCAGGGGCAACAGCAUCAGCAGCAGCCGAGUCCCGACCCUUUGAACUCUCUCAUCAUCCAGCUGCUUCAGGCUGACCUGACGAAGGGGAAAACCAGGGGGAACCAGAGCCAACAGGGUAAAAGCAGGGACACGGAGCUCCAGGACACACUGCCUCCUCUUCUCAGUACAAACUUUCCCUUAGAGGACCAGGGCGAUGUGGAGCAGUGGGGGACAGGGAGUCGCAGCAGCGGGAGCAGUGACGGCAUGGUGGACCAGCAGGUGAUGCUGUUGAACUCUGACCUACUCAGGCAGCAGAAGCGGUACAACUCACCUCGGGUGCUGCUGAGUGACAGGCCACCACUGCAGCCGCCGCCUCUGUACCUCGCAGACGAUUUUGUGAACAGUGGACCGGAGGGCGGGGCAGCAGGAAACAAGACACGAAAGAAGCGUUACGCUGAGCACAGAAGCUACCGUGGGGAAUAUUCUGUGUGUGACAGUGAGAGCCAGUGGGUGACAGAUAAAACCCAAGCAGUGGAUACCAGGGGGGACCCUGUCACUGUUCUGGCCAAAAUUAAAACCAGUGCCACGCAGGACAUUAAACAGUACUUUUACGAGACACGCUGUCGGACCCCCAGGCCCUUCAAAGGUGGCUGCAGGGGCAUCGACGACAAGAACUGGAACUCGCAGUGCAAGACGACGCAGACGUACGUACGAGCGCUGACGCAGGUCCGCAAUUCAGUGGGCUGGAGGUGGAUACGCAUAGACACUUCAUGCGUCUGCGCAUUGUCAAGGAAACGUCAUAGGACAUAAACAAAACAACACAAGAACCUGCCAGGGACUACCUGUUUGGAAUUCUACUUCCUACAUAGGAUUUUGUUUCCUGCUCUCAAUGCUCCCCACCACGAGAUAAUGUGUCAUGGUGUUGAAGAGCAACAUUCUGCUAUAAAAUGAUACUUUUACUGAAGAAAUCUUGGGUCCAUUAAAAUGAUAUUUCACAUGAAUGUGCUGCAGAUCCACAAACCGGUUCAGCACUGCUGUCACGGAAGAACUUGUUUGAGAGGGACAGGGAGGGAGGGCGUGAGUGUGUGAGGGAGAACUGUACAUAUAAAUUAUUUAAAUUAUAUGAAAUGCAUGUAGUUUAUACAUGUUAAUCUAUCUAUAUAUGACGUAUGAAUAUAUUUGUGUUAUUUAUUGAAAGAAGUCUUCUUCAAAAGGAAAAAAAAUGUCUAUAAAAAAAGGAAUGAAACAAGCUAUGAACUCAUUUUGAGACCAUAAUGCAGAGCUGGGCUGCAAAGGUGCUUCACAGAAAGACUUUACAUGUGCCUUGACCAGUGUGGCUGCAGAGCAGAGAGAUAGGACAUGGUGACUCACCGACAGCAGUUGCCGCAAAUGUUUUGAAGGUGAACCUGAUAAGUGACAGAGCUGCAGGGACCUGUUCUGUCCUGCAGUCCAAUGCGGGGGCCCAAAUUCUUAGCGUUACCACUUAAUGAGACAGAUAACGAUAUCAGAGGGUACAAGGAGUUCUGUGACCAAACAUAAACACUUCCACUAUGAUCAGAAUUGACCUUUCUGUCAUGUUGUACUACACCUUACGUUCAUUUAUUCCACUCGGGGACGAAAUAAACAUAGAAAUUUCCUCGUGUGGAAUCUGCUGACAACGACCGAAAAUCCAGCGGUCUGGUUUUCCUCAGGCCACCUCGAUGCUGUUCACCCCAUUUUAAUCUCAACUGGUAUCAUGAGCUGUUUUUGUUUCUUCCUAUUAAUAAAAACCUAUAUUUCUUAAAGUUGGAAACACUUCAUUAACAAAUUCCCUUUUAAGUUUUUGAAAAGAAUAAUAAUAUGGUGACAAAGAUUAUGUAGGUGAUACCAUGUUACACUGCUUUAACAAAUACUACAGUCCUCCUUUAAAAUAUAUUUUGACCAGCUGUUCCCUACUUUACACUGGUGAUUACUUAUUAUCAACUCUGAGAUGGAGUAUAUAGGGUAAAUUUUCUGUCAAGGCUGUUUUCCAGUUAUUGUACAGUAGCAGCCAUUGCAGAAGUCCCUCACUCUGCUCGUGUCCUGUUAUAGGAGAGAGUUGUCUUAUUCAAAACAAAUCAAACAAAUCACCAUGAAAAAAACAAAUCCAACACUGAACUGAUUCUGGUAAUAGGUACUGCCUGAUAUAUCGUAUUCCUCUCUGCCAUAGAGCUCCACUGUGGUCUAAACGCAUCAGUGAGCCACACAUGAACGUGAGCACUGUAGUUUAUUUUGUCUCAAUCCCUCAAAACACCGUCUGUAAAUAUUCGACCAAAUCUGUAGCUGAAAAUAGGCCGUAACAAAUUCAUUAUUUACGCCGGUUUGAGUACCUUACUAUUAAAAACAGCAGUGCUGAGCUGUUUUAGGGGAUUGUUUCUCUUAAAACAAUCUCCUUUUAAAAAAGAAAGUACACAUAACACUGGGGCUGAAAAGGGAAGUCAGAAUUUAUGGCCACACAGUAUGUGGAGAGGGAUUAAUGCAUUGCUAUCCUCAACCUUAAAAUGCCUGAUUCAAAAGUAAAUUCUGCAGUUCCGAAAAAAACAUUUUCUGCUCGUUUAUUUCCAGGCUCAUGUUAAGGAAAGUCCAGGGAGUUCAAGCCAGUGAGAGAAACAGUGAUGGUUGAUCAGAGGUUCUGAUCAAUAGUCAUUUAUUCUGCUAUCUGAUCAGAUGUUUCACACUUCAGUUAUCUCGCCAGUUACAGCACAGAGUGAUGACAAAGAUGGAACUAAAUCUUUAUCAAAUGGGGUCAGCGGUCAAAAGACGUGACAUCGACAAUGUGGAAAGACAAAGUGAAGAGAAAGUGUGUGCAAAUUUGUGUAUGUGUGUGUGUGCACAACAGCGAUGCUUUAGGGUGCUGAAGCUCAAACUUCCAGCUGCCUCACAUCAUUGCAGAAAGUACUGUUCUAACUAGAUGGCAAAAAUCAAUUAUCUGCGGGACUAAUGUAGAACAGAUGCAGGAAGUAUCUAGAGGGACUUCUACAAUGGCUCCCACUGUGUGCAGUGCUAAUGCAGGAUAAAUGCAGGGUGAACUCUAAGUCGAACCUUUGGGAUGCUUAUCACCAUAGCACUCGUAUUAUCUGAUAUUAGUUACAGUGCUUAAAGUUUGGAAAAUCC